AUAUAAUUGUAAUAACUAACAAAUUUUACUGUUUCCGAUUGAAACUAGUUUUUAUUAGGUUAGAAUCUUUAUUGUAACAUUUCUCUAAAUUAAUUAUACAUCCAAUAUAAGUGGCGCGAAAAAACCUGUCAUGUGACGUCACACUUUAUAACAUUGAUGAAGCUCUACAAAAGUACCUACCCACCUAGUUAAUUAAAAUUAAUCACCAACUUCCCCGAUGAAACUUAUCGUAACAUUUUAUAAGUAAACAAAACAUAACCUAUACACAAUUUACAAGCAUUUCAUACCCUUUAAAAGCUUAAUACCUACUCAUAAAAAUCGAAUCGUUCCAAUAUACCAAAUAAUAUAAUAAAAAAAAUAUUACCAACAUUAUAUAAAUUAGUUCGUUUAAUUGGUUACCUAUUUUACACUACAAAUUGUUACAGUCCGAAACACGGCAAAGGUAGCUAGAUUCCAGAUUACACAGCUCACGAAGAAAUUCGUUCGUUUCGUUUCGUUUCUCGUUAUCCACAGAUUAAAUAACACAAAUUUAUGUAACAUAAAUACUAUAAUUAAUAUUGAUGCAAAAAAUCUACGGCCAUUGUCUACCUUAGAGCUGCAAAGAAAUUUCAUAUUUCUUUCAUAAUAUAUAUUGUAACAAUUGUCAAGCCUAGACGGUCUAGGUACUGUAUUUAUUGUAGUGUUUUUAAUUAAUCCUUGAUUUUCUUUAUUGAGGUUAUACACAGAAUAAUACGUUGGUACAUGAUUAAUUCCCCAUAUUAUCUAUAUUUCUAGGAAACUUGUAGUGUUUUCCGUAAAAAAUGUUAAAAUUACAAUAUUCACGCUUAAACAAAACGCUGUUUCUGUAAUGGCGGACGACAAAGUUCUGCUUGACGUCACCUACAAGUAAACAAGUUUGUAAAUACUACAUUCAGCAUGUUUAUACUAUAUUUCUGUUAAUAAACUAAUAAAAAUGGUGUACAAAUGGUGUAUCGUCCCACAAUGUACAAAUACGUCGAUAAAAACGCCACAAAAACUAUUCGUUUCUGUACCGACGAACCCUAACAGACGGAAUAAGUGGUUACAGUUGGCUCAGAGAGACCCACACAGCAUAUUGUCUCAUACAAAUGUUUUUAUGUGUGAAGAUCACUUUGAUCUAGAAAAAGAUAUAAGGAACUAUAUGAAGUACAAAAUGGGCUUCAGUUCGAAGAUACUUUUGUCUGAAAAGACAUUACCUAGUAAAUUCCAUUGCCAAGAGGAUUAUAAGCGAUUGGGCGAAUCGGAUCGUCAGAGCGCAGUAGUUGUUCAAAGAAAAAGAAAGAGAGAAAAAGAGCUUGUCAGGCAUGUUGAAGAAGGAUGCCAUCUUGAAGUUCAGAAUAUGAAAGACACUGUGCAAAAAGGUGUCAAUAUUGUAAGGGAUGAAAUUAAACCUGAUGAAGACACAUCAGGAGCUCAAGGGAGAAAAACUACGACAGAUAUUUUACAAAUGAUUGAUAAAUCUAUACAAUCGGAGAAUGAAACCCAGUGUCACAUGGGGUCUGUACCUCCAGGUGAUGUGCCUUCAAGAUGUGAUAGUCGGAAGCAAACAGAAGAGGAACAGGCGGAGAAGACUGCAGAAGGGAAGAUUGGGAACUGGAUAACCUUAUACCGGUCGGCGACUUCUUCUAGUUUUCACGAUGCAUCCGGCGAUCCUGUCGUGUCGGCAUCGACUUCAAAUCAACCUGUUCAGAGUAAUGAAAAACAACUUAUUACGAGGGAGACUCGGACAGAACAUAACGAGACCUAUGAGAAUUUAGCAGACAACAGACAAAUAAUGGUAAAGAUUGAAGACGAGGAAAUACUUGAGAAAAUACAGAACAGUAUAAAUUAUGAAACGAAAACCGUUCCACAACAUGUAGAGGACAAAGUGAAAACUGAUCGUCCUCGUCGAACACAAGUUAGAAAGAAUGUUCUAGAAGUAACGAACGUGGUCUGUGGAAGUAAGAGGAAGAAAGAAGUUACCCUGAAGAGGAAGGUCAUCUGCAGUCCUAAGGUGUAUCAGAAUGCUUUAGCUACCAAAGUCGACACUAUUAUAGCAAGAGUCUACCACUUCUUUAAGAAGGAAUAUGACUUUCUAGCGAAGAAAUAUGGGAAGUUGCUGGACCUGACUCCCUUCUCUAAGCAUAAGGAACGGACGGCACAAGCCACCGGCUUUCAUAUCAAUGUGGUGGAGAAGGCGGUAGCUGAAGUAGUGAAGAAGCCAGGGAAGAAGCCAAAGAAGAAGAAAAGAAAGAAGAAUAUAAAGAAAAUAGAGGUGGAGGAUAAUAGUGAAACAGAGACGGGUGACGAGACAUUUGGAUCCGGUGAAGAAAUGGCCAAUCCUGCUGCAGAGCCAUCCCUUACUAAAGAGCUGCGGGCUGCCAGGAAGCUACGAAGCUUGAGAGACCAUAGUUACGCGUUGCCGAUCUCAGAAUGUCCCGAUGUAACUCCGAAGGUGGAACCAAUUGAACAAUUGAGCGAGCCAAACAUCGGUUUACCCAGUGAGGAUACUUCAUCAGUAAAUGAGACAUCGACAUUGACCUCCGCUCUGCCUGAAACCGACCCGUUAAAGAUAGAAGAUAGUUUUGAAGACACCGAGUAUUUACUUGAAGAUUUAGCUGACAUUAAAGAAGAGAUUGAAUUUAGUGAUGAAGGCUUCAGUUAGUAAAUAAGAUUCGGACACCUUUACAAGGACCUGUAGUUGCUCUGUCAUGUAGCAGAAAUCAAGGACAGAUUCCCAUUUGGGUGUAUUUCAUAUUACCUUACCACCACAAUAUGUGUCGACUUGUACGGAAAACUAAUUGUCAUAGAAAAUGUUUGCCAUUAGAACAUUGCCACAGUAAGACAAGAAGUGGUUCUGCCUCACGCAGUUGAACCCAGGGUGUUUUUAGUUGAUGAGACAGUUUUGGGUGUAUUCUGUAUAUUACGUCCACGGUAUAAUUCCCAGUUCUGCGCAAUAGUGUAGCUACGGUGCUAUGUUUAGGUUAGGUCAGGUAGGUAGUUUAGGUUUUAACUUUAGCACUUGAGAUCUCCCCGAGGAGAGCUCGUGGCUAAGCUAUGCUUGACGCGGUUGGUCCGUAAAUGGGUGACCAUCUUUGUCAUAACGAGUUCCUCCG